CGCGCGCACGCUCGCCACGCCAGGUGCCGCUGAGCCGAACCGCGAGCCGGGCAUGGAGGACACGGCGACGGCGGCGACGCUGGCGACGGAGCUGGACGGGUUGCUGGCCAUGGCGAGGGAGCUGGAGGCGCGCGUCGACGGCGACCAGGGCGCGCCGGGCGCCGCCAGGGAGCUCUGCGCGGCUCUGGCCGAGUCCGUCGACCGGGCCAUGCGCCUCGCCGGCAGCAGCGAGGGCGAGGGCGAGGGCAAUGCCACCGGCAGGGCGAGCGUGAGCGGGCAGGUCAGGGGCGGCAGGAAGUCGGCGGCGAACAAGGUGCGGACGCAGGUGCGGGUGGCAUCGGUGACGGACGUGGGGCCGCUCAACGACGGGCUCAGCUGGCGCAAGUACGGCCAGAAGGACAUCCUCGGCGCAACGUACCCCAGGGCAUACUUCCGGUGCACGCACCGGCACACGCAGGGCUGCCAGGCCACCAAGCAGGUGCAGCGCACCCAUGCCGAUCCCCUGCUCUUCGAGGUCGCGUACCACGGCGAGCACACCUGCGUCCAGGCCGCCGUGCAGCAGCAGCCGCCUGCUUGCUUUGGCCAGGGGCAGCAGAGCCCGCCGGCCGUGGCGCCGGAGGGAAUUCAGUGGCCGGUCACGCCGCCCUCGUUCCCCUCCACGCAGGACGACCACGUUGGUGACUGCUAUCCCUCCGUGUGCCAGCUCGAUGGCGGCUACGGCUACGGUGCCGGCGGAGGCCUCGGGGCAGACAUGGGGGUCGGGAGUCAACUGGACGACUGGUUCUUGUAUCUGUCCGAGGUUCAGAACCUGUAGGUGCUUGCUGCAUCCAGCAUCGUACUGUAGUGUAUUUGCACCAGUAUUUAGAUUCAGACUCGUUUGAUCGCCGGCUUGAGUAGAUGAAUUUGCCGAAUUCUCGAGCAGGGGAUCGGCAUCGAACGAGACGUAGUGUUUUUCGUGUUGAGAAAAAAAAUAUGGUGAGAGAAAACAAUUGAACUAUCAA